AAGAAAGUAGGCCCAAUUCCAGCCUUCGUCAGUCUUCUUCCAGUCGUCUUCUCCAACCCCCCGCUGCAACUCCUUUGCUUUCUUCUUCGUCUUCUUCAUCUCUCUGUACUUCUCCUCUUCUUCCUUUAUUGGCCUUCGAGUUGCACAAUGAAAGAUCUUCAAUUAAAAUGUCGACUGAAUUUGCCAUAGAUUGCAUACGUUAUCUCUCUUGGCGAACUGUUUCCUUAGAAAGCUCAGAUAAAAAAAAGGUUCAAAGAGCCCCGUUGUUCAUACUUUGUAAUGGAUGUGUUAUAUGGUUCCAUUGAUAUCCGAGAUCUCCUCUCCUCAACAAAUCUCGAUGACCCAUCAACCCCACUCUCUGCACCCGAUCUUCACCUCCUAAUCGACCGCCUUCAGGUCCAUUCUGUUCGCAUCAAAUCAAAAGUCCAUGACUACAUUCGAUCGCACCAAUCCGACUUCUUGUCACUUUUCACCCAAUGCUCUGAUGUGGCUGCAAAGACCGAAGAACUUUCCGCCGAAUUAGUUUGUUUACAUAGUGUGCUCUCUGAUAAUCCUGUUGAUGCGAAUAUUAAGUUCACUAUUGAAGACAUUGUUGGGAAGAGGAAAGAAUUGAGGGAGAAAAAAGAAUUGUUUGAGUUGUUAGGGUUGAUUCUGGAACUAUGCGAGAAAUUGAGAGUUGUGAAAGACGGCAUUCAACAGGGGAGAGUCGAAGAAGCUGCAGCGGCAUUGAGUGAGCUGAAGAUUGCUUUCAGGGUGGAUGAUGAUCAGGGAGAAAGCGGGCUUUUAGUUUAUGACAUAUUGAGGAAAGAAUGGACUGAUUGUUUUGAUGAGAUGCAAGAUACCCUAGUUAUAUCGAUGGAUCAAGCUGUGCGAUUCGAGCCGGAGAGCAAUUCCAUUCGAGUGAAGAGUUGGUUCAAGAUGAAUGGAUCAAAUAAGAUGGAGCUUUAUACAGUUUUGAAAGCAAUGGAUACAGUUGGAGUUCUGGAUUAUGGACUGGCCAGAGUUGCUGACAUGAUGAUUAAGCACGUUGUUAGUCCAGCUAUUGGUCGUAGGGCAUGUAUAACUGUGGUUGAUGGAGUGGCUGAGGAUGACCAGAAAACGACUGAAACUGUUCUUAAUGUAGUUUCAUCUACUCAUGACACGGCAGAUGCUUUGGACAGUGAAAGAAUCUUUUCAGCUCUUCUCAUAAUUGUUGAGUUCAUCAACAAAUCUAUAUGCUGUCAAAAUGGGCAUUGGAUGCGUUGUUUCGGAAGAUUAACAUGGCCGAGGAUGUCAGAGCUGAUCAUUUCUAACUUCCUUUCGAAGGUUGUGCCAGAUGAUGCUUCCAAAUUUGCUGACUUUCAGAAAAUCAUAAAACUUUCAACAGAUUUUGAGGCAGCUUUGGAGGAACUGAUGUUCAUUUCUUCCUCUGAUAGCAAGGAUAAAAGAUUAAGUGAAUUUGUUGACAAUGUUGAGAUUCAUUUUGCUGCUAGGAAAAAAGUUGAGCUUUUAGCUAAUGCUAGAUCAAUGCUUCUACAUUCGGGCUUUAGUCUUCCUCCAGACUACAGAAAGGUAAGUAGCAGCUUGAAGAUGGAAGAAACUGCUGAAGAUCAUGCAGAUAACUUGGUCAACUUGCUUUUUACGUCUGAAAAGUGUAUUGUAUCUGAAGCAGCUUUGAAAUUGAUGGAGUUAGUGCACAAAGCCCUUAGGGAUGUGUGCUUGUCGUCGCCAAGAGUUGGAUUGGAGUUCUAUCAUGCUGCUAGAGAUGCUCUCCUUCUUUAUGAAGCUGUUAUACCUGUCAAGCUGGAGAAGGAGCUCGAUACAAUUAACCAGGGAGCUGUUCUCAUACACAAUGAUUGUCUGUAUCUGUCUCAGGAGAUCCUUGGUCUUGCAUUUGAGUAUCGUCCAGACUUCCCAAACCCUAUCAAAGAACAUGCCGUUUUUGCUGAUCUGGCUCCAAGAUUCCAACUCAUGGCAGAACAAAUACUGGACAGACAAAUUCAAGUUGUCAUUUUCAACUUGAAUCAGGCUAUUGAUGGGGCUGAUGGGUUUCAAAACACCCACCUCACGAAACAGUACGAGUCUGCUAAGUUUAGUAUCGACCAGGUGGCGUUUAUACUUGAGAAAGUUCACAUUAUUUGGGAACCUCUAUUGAUGCCUUCAAGCUACAAAAAGUCCAUGUGCAUGGUUCUGGAGGUAGUUUUCUCAAAAAUAGCAAAAGACAUCCUUAAUUUAGAUGAUAUGGCGGCAGAAGAAACUUUACAGCUUCAGAGACUGAUUCAUUUGCUGUUUGAGAACUUAUCGCCGAUAUUAGAAUCACUACCGAUAAUUGAGCAGUCAGGCAAGUCAGAAGGUGCCCUUGCUCGCUCAGUAGAUGAACUUAUUCCGUCUCUAAGGAAGUUGCGCAAACUGGAAGAUCUUUUGGACAUGCCUUUAAAGUCUAUCACUGCGGAUUGGGAAAGUGGUGAACUUAUAAGUUGUGGAUUCACAUCGACCGAGGUUGAAGACUUCAUUAGGGCCAUCUUCACAGAUUCGCCCUUGAGAAAAGAAUGUUUGUUCAGAAUUGAAAGUUCUGGCCUAUAGGGUUGAUGUAUAUAUUUUCGGGCUUGUGAUGUAUAUAUUUUCUUCUUUCUCUGUUACCUAAAAGUUGUUAUAACUUAGUUUCUGUCUGCAUGAAACAAAAGUAUUAGGCAUUAUUACAAGGUAAUAGCUGAAUACCAUACAUUUAAAAGUACGAGUCUUAAGACUUAAGAUAAUUAGGGAGAAAUUUUCUUUCGAAGCCAUGUAAAUCAAGCAAGAAGCUGGAUGAUUCUAUAUGAAAGGAAAAAAGUGCCAGCCGAUGAGGCCUUCUCGAGAUUUUGUUUAAUUGAACUGGGGAUGGAAUAUUGAUUAGAUGAGGAGGGUUCCAUUACCAGUUCAUUCACAGAGUUUCCGAGCAAUCAGUAGCGGUAAUAUUAUUCGCUGCAUAUAUGACAACUUUAAGCGGGAAGUUGUACUAUUGCAUGAAGACAUUAGAGAUUGCAGAUGCAGGAACCGUGAGAUAAAGAAGAAUGGAAAUGAGGCGCAUAGGAAAAACUCGUGAUUUGUACUAAUUACAAAAACACGGUGGAGACCUUUUUCGAGGGAUAGGAAAAACCGAGAUGACUGGCAAAGGAAGCAAGAACGUAGUAAAUUUGCUCUAGAAGUUCAAAUUUUGUUUGCUGAAAUCAGGAAUCUUUGAAGAGCUUUUCAUAUGUGAGUGAGAAUACACUGAUUAUAGCAUUUGGCAUCAAGAAAAAAAAAAAAAAGGAAAUACAUGUGACUUGAGAAAAUUAUAUCAUUCUUUAUUAUUUUGUAAUUCUUUCUCCCUUUUUUUUUUUUAAACAAAACUAAUUUUUAUUGCAAGAGGUUUUCAGUGGUA